AUGGACUCUCCAGUCAAAUCCUCUGAACUAUCCUCUGAAAUCCCAAUUGGGAUCAAAGACGUCGAAGAAUGGUCCAUCAUUGCCAUCAUCAGAUACGCCAACUCCAUCGAGUACGAAGGACCCAUGCUUCCUGUCAUCGAUAAAUUCCUCAAAGAGGUCAAGCAGAAGUAUGAGAUGAACAAGUACAGAAUGCAUUCUGGAACUUAUCAUAAAGCUUGUUUGGCUUUGGAAGCGUUUGAGAAGGACAUGGAACUGUUCAAGUAUGCCCUCCAAAUGGGCCGAGACAUCCGUGAAAAUAUGCACUAUAUCCUGGAACAGACCAAAAUUCCCGAUAUGAAGCCUGAGGAGAAGGCCGCUCAGAUGCAGAAGGCCAUUGCUGUGGAGCGCGAGGAGAAAGACGCUUUGUCUAAAGAUGCUGCCAUCAAGGCGUUAAAGGAAUUUGUCCAGAGGGAGUUCGCAGACAAGAAGAAGAAGGAAAAGGCCCUAGAGAAGGGCGGAGAAGAAAAUCUUCAGUCAGUCAAUUUGGAGGAUAUUAAGUGCAAUCAAUGCACGAUUCCAGUCUCUGUAGAAAAGGUCAUGUGCUACAAAUGCCACGUGGAUCAUGAGAGAUCAAUCCUGGCUCCUGGCCGUAAAUUCAAAAACAGGAAAGAGGAGUUAAAGUUCCGCGAAGAGCAAAAGAUCGCCGAGCGCAGAGAAGCAAGACUUCUCAAGGAGAAAGAAGAUGCAGCAAGGUAUCGGUCAAACAGCGACUUUGUCCGUGAGUGCUACGAGAUCCAGCAGGCCCAGAAGAGGAAGAGGGAGGAGCAGCAGGAAGCCCAGGAAAUCAACGUUAGGACAAUCAAGAAGGUCCGCAAGACAAUGGUCGACAAGGAUGACGACGCUACACACCCUGAUCGAUUUUAUGCUCCCCUCAGAGGUUUCUGCGCCGAUGCCGACUUUCCCAGUAAUCCACAUCAGCCGGCUCUUGUUGCGCCACCACCGCCAAAGAGGGCCGCUCAGCCAUCCCAGGCGAAAGAUAGCAACAAGCCUAUCGGGAACGCUCAACUCAGUGCGAUGUUCGUUGGGUUGCCAAAGCCUGGAAUUUAG